AUGGAUCCACUUGGUGGAGAACCAGCACUUAGGCCUUUACCCAUCUUUGAACUCACUCGACCUUCAGACUUACAACAAUUCGCGAUUGGUUCAGAUGCAGACGUAGGUGGUUUAUCAACAGUGCAACUGGCAAUUGAAGAAGGAUCGGGAUCAGAAUCAGAUAUGAGACCUAGAGGAGUAUUCAGGGGAGUUUUGAAGAACGAAUUAGGACCUACGGCUGAAAAGGCGGGUGUCAUCAAACGAGGUGGAUAUGCUGGAUUCCGUACAAAGGUAAGAAAAAUGCUUUUUGGGGAACAAACUUGGAAUGCGGAUCAUCAUCAAUUCUUGAGAUUAAGAGUCAGGAACUCUGGGGAUGAAAUGAAGUAUUACGUUAAUAUACAAACAGAAGGGCCUAUUUCAACUGAUAUUUUUCAACAUCGACUGUGGUUAGGUAAAGUAGGGGAAUGGGAAGAUGUACUGAUACCAUUUUCAAAUUUUGCUCUUACCAAUAAAGGAGAAGUGAUGAAAAAUCAAUUUGAAAUGCCAAGAGAUGAGAUUCGUACGAUUGGAAUCUCUGUAUUAGAAAAACCUGGUGUUUACGAACUUGGAUUAGAAAAAGUUGAUUGUGUUAGUGAGAUUGGAUUGAAAUUGGAAAAAGAAGGCAAUGGAGAAAAAAGUUAA